AUGGACCUGGACAUGCCGCUGCGCUACACGUUAAGGGGUCCAGGAGCUGACCUGCCCCCUGUUGGUCAUUUCAUGGUAGACGAGUACAAAGGGUUGGUUCGCAUCAUUCGGCCUCUGGAUCGUGAGGAGAGAGAAAACUACUCCCUUAUUGGCACUGCAUGGUUCUUUAACAACACCAUAGCUGAAGAUAAUAUUAAAGUAAACAUCGCCGUGGAGGACCAGAAUGAUAACCCACCAGUUUUCAACAAGCCAGAACGAAGCAGGGUUUAUGAGGGGUGUCCAGUUGGAACCUUUGUAACGCAAGUUGUGGCAAAAGAUGCAGAUAAGGCAAACACUCUCCACAGUAAGAUAGCAUACACCUUAAUCAAACAAGAGCCAAAUGAUGGCCAGCUUUUCUUUGCUGUGAAUAAAGACAGUGGAACAAUCUCUGUGAACAACCCAACGCUUGACAGAGAGGGACACAGCUCUUAUGUUCUUACGGUGCAAGCUGCUGACAUGUAUGGAAGUGCUCAAGGAAAUUCUGCAACAGCUUCUAUAACUAUAGACAUCCUGGAUGUUAAUGACAAUAUUCCUACUUUGGAGAAGGAUGAGUUUUCCGCAAGUAUUGAUGAGAAUGUGGCACCCAUUGAGGUUUUAAGGAUCCAGGCACUGGACCUCGAUGAAGAUAGGACAGACAAUUGGUUGGCCGUUUUCGAAAUAGUCUCUGGAAAUGAGGAUGGACGUUUCACUAUUGAAACUGAUCCGAAGACAAAUAUGGGUAUUUUGUACCUGAACAAGCCUGCUGACUUUGAGUCAGCAUCUGAUAUGAACCUGAACCUAGUUGUUACAAACAAAGCUUAUCCAGGAGCACCUCUAGGGAGUGGAGCAGGAGCAGUAGGUGCAGGCAUAGGAACAGAUGGUGCAUCUGGGGCUUCUGGAGCCAGUGGUCAAUCUGGGGCUUCUGGAGCCAGUGGUCAAUCUGGGGCUUCUGGAGCCAGUGGUCAAUCUGUGUUUUUUGGAGAUAAACCGGGCUCCAGCGUGUCCAAACAAAAGCCAUACUUAGUGAAGAUCAGUGUGAAAAACAAACCAGAACCCCCAAAGUUCCUGCCAAAGCUCAAGCCUAUAUCUGUAUCUGAAAACACCAAAGGUUCUAUUCCAAAAGUAAUUGACAUCUACACUGCUGUAGAAGAAGACACGGGGAAAACAGCAGAAAAAGUCAAAUAUGCAAAGGGAUAUGACCCUGACAACUGGAUUUCUAUAAAUGUGGACACUGCUGAGAUCAAACUAAACAAGUUACCAGAUCGUGAGUCUCCAUAUGUGGUAAAUGGGACCUACUAUGCCAAGAUCCUCUGCAUUACAAAUGAGCUGCACCCUCAGACGUCUACGGGGACUAUAGCCUUGCAGGUGGAGGACCUGAAUGAUAACUGCCCCAAACUCCUUGAUAAUGUGCAGACUGUCUGCAGUGAUACCAGAGUAGUGAAUGUCACAGCAGAAGAUAAUGAUUCAUAUCCCAACGGAGCUCCACUGAAGUUCAAUUUGAUACAAGAGAAGACAAGGGGCAAAUGGAACUUGCAGAGAAUAAAUGAUGCAAGUGCUUCAUUGCUCAGUAAAGAUGACUUAUGGCCUGGCUUUUACCAAGUCACCAUGGAGAUCAGUGACAUGCAAGGACUGGCCUGCCCCGAUGAGCAAGUCCUCCAUUUAGAAGUUUGUACCUGCUCUGAAGGCAUGGUUUGUGGGGCAAAAAUGGCAGCAGUACGCACUAUAUCAGCCACUCUUGGAGCGCCAGGAAUUAGUUUCCUGUUUUUAGGAUUCCUCUGCCUAAUAUUGGUGCUCAUGGUCUUAAUAAAAUGUGAAUGUGGGAGUGCUGGAAAAGGUUUUACUGACAUCCCAUUUGAAACCAAGCAACACCUUGUCCCUUAUAGCACAGAGGGAAUAGGAGAAGACAAGGAAGUUCUUCUGAUGAGCACCCCGCCAAAACUCAACAAUGGAUGGGGUGAUAAAAUAACAAUAUCCCAAAAACCUUCAGGAAUGGUGGGAGCUAUGAACUAUCAAACCCCAAUGGAUGAAAUUCAUGUCCAGCAAUCAAAGCAACUCUAUAAUGGUUCUAAAAUGGUAGGAAUGAUGCAGGAGAGUGCAUUUGGAGACUUUUACUGUGACACUGACGGAGCAUGGAAGACUGAAAACUCUGCCAGUUGUCAAGAAGAGCAUAAUGUGUUCUUUGAUGGAUUCCUAAAAGAAUACUACACACAAAAAUCUACGUAUUUAGAAAAGUAUGGUUCUCCAGAGGAAGGACUGAAGAAGUAUGAUUAUGAGGGUGAAGGAUCUGUUGCCGGUUCUGUUGACAGCUGCAGCUACAACGAGUCCAAUGAUGACCUGGAGUUCUUAAACAACCUGGGUUUAAAGUUCAACACCUUGGCUGAGGUUUGUGGAUUUAGACAGACUCAAUCUAUGUCUCAGGCAGACCCACAGGUAAUUGUAAAUACUGUAGAGACAACACCAAUCACAACUGCAGUAUCUUCCGAUCACAUGACUAACACUGUCCAACCCAGUCCUGUGGAGAUAACUGUCAAGUCACCACUUGUCCAAACCGCACCUGGUCAUGGGAUGGUCGUACAGGAGCCUAUGUACUUCGGGUUCGACCAGCCAAUGCAAAGCAAUGUUUUGCUGUCUGAGGAUGGACUUGGGCAAGGUUUUUACAUAAUUAAUGGCACUCCAGAAGCUGACAUAUUUCUGACUCAAGGUAAUGGCCAUGCACUUGCACAUUUAGGUAGUGGACAGCAUGGCAUCAUUGGUGAUUCUGUCUUGUACUCUCAAAUUGGACAUGUGGGAUCGGUUGUAUCAGGAGAGAGCGGGCAGGGUAGAGUAACUUUUAUAGAUGGUUCAGUCAAUGGAAGUAUAUUAGUCGGUGGUCUAGGUCCAAAUCGUCCCAUGAGCCCUCAACCACUUUACCAAGUGAGCGGACCAGUACAUAUUAACCAAAGAGUAAUUGAUGGCUCCUUUUCCAGUGCACAGAAUGAUGGACAAGGGACAGUAACAAUUCUAGAGAGUCUUGUCAAUGGAGGAGAAGGUGUAGCGAGCAGACUAUUGGUUAGUGGUCCUCCUAUUGCAGAGGGUCAUGUCAAUGGAGUGGAGGUGCUUGAGGAAGCAGCUUCAACUUUAGCUUAG